AUGGGAGAUCCGGUCGUGCCAGCGAAGGGCAACAUUUUGGGAACGCUCAUCCCGGCCCGCUACAUUUUGGCCGUGCUCGGCUCGAUCGCGAUGGCUAUCAUCUACGGGCUGAAGGUGAAUCUGAGCGUGGCGAUGGUCGCGAUGCUAAACCAUUCGGCCCUUGCCCAUCACGGUGCAGUGUCGGUUGCGGAGCAAGAGCACGUUAACGCGGAACCCGUCUGCCAAGGAAGCAACUCAACCGAAGCGGUCGAGGACGGCCCAUUCAUCUGGAGCGAACCGGUACAGGGCAUCAUCCUUAGCUGCUACUUCUGGGGCUACCUCGUAUCCCAAGUGCCCGGGGCACGCGUCGCCGAAUCGUUCUCCGCCCGCUGGGUCAUGUUCUUCUCCGUACUGAUCAACGUUGUCUGCACCCUGCUAACGCCAGUCGCUGCCAAGAUGCACUACGUUGCGAUGAUCGUGAUGCGCGUCGGUGAAGGAAUCGGCGGUGGUGUUACCUUCCCGGCCAUGCACGUAAUGCUAGCCUCGUGGGCACCACCGAACGAGCGUAGCGUCAUGUCUGCGAUCGUGUACGCCGGCACAGCACUCGGCACCGUCAUCUCGAUGCUGAUGGCAGGCGUGCUAGCCGGUACACUCGGUUGGGAAUCGGUGUUUUACGUAAUGGGUGGCCUUAGCUGUCUGUGGAUGGUGCUGUGGCUGUGGUUGAUUCAGGAUACACCCAACAAGCAAGCCUUGAUUAACCAGGAAGAGCGUGAUCUCAUUACCUCAUCGCUCGGGUCAGGGUCGGCGAGCGGACACGGUAACGAACCGAAGCCACCGGUACCGUGGCGCAAGGUGUUUACUUCCGGUCCAUUCUACGGCAUUCUGAUUGCACACGUUUGCAACAACUGGGGCUGGUACAUGCUGCUGAUCGAGCUACCAUUCUACAUGAAACAGGUGCUACAGUUCAACAUCAAGGAGAAUGCCGUCGUUACUGCCAUCCCGUUCCUGACGAUGUGGUUCUUCAGCAUGGCACUGAGCAAAACGCUCGAUGCGCUACGAACACGUGGCAAGAUUACGACCACAAUCGCGCGCAAAACAGCCACCUUCAUUGCAUCGGCCGUACCGAUGGGAUGCUUGCUGGCGCUCUGCUACAUCGGCUGUCAGCGUGGACUGGCGGUUACACUCAUGACCGUUGGUAUUACGGCGAUCGGUGGCAUGUUCUGUGGGCUUCUGUCGAACCACAUCGAUAUUGCACCGAACUAUGCUGGCACACUGAUGGCGAUUACCAACACGGCUGCCACACUGUCGGGUAUCAUUGUUCCCAUCUUUGUUGGACAGAUUACGCAUGGAAAUCAAACGAUCGGUGCUUGGCGUGUUAUUUUCUUCGUCACGAUCGCGCUUUAUAUUAUCGAGAUCAUCGCUUACCUUUUGCUUGCGUCCGGCGAAGAACAGCCCUGGAACAAAGGUGACAAACCGGCCAGUUCGAUUGAAGCGGCCGAAGCGGAAGCCACACCAUUGAACACGAAAGACUCGAAACAGAGCUACAAUGGUCAGGAUCAGUAAGGAAGUUAAGCUGUGGCGACGAUUUAUAUGCAAUAAGAAUGCA